AUGAAGGUGGGUGGUGAUGAAGAACUUCGAAUUCUGCUUUUUGCGGGUGAUGUGGUGCUGAUAGCACAAAAUUCAUGGACGCUGCAGGAUCUACUAACUGAUCUGAACAGCAUUGUUAACAAAAACACCACUGUUGCAGAAAAAAUGAAACUAGCUGUUACACAAUGGUCAAUGGAGAGACGAAUGUUGGGUGUCAGCAGAGUACAGCGCAUACGCAACAAUGAGCUUCGAGUACAUUCUGAUGUGAACGAUAUAAUAAAUGCAUGCAAGGAAAAGAAGCUUGACCGGUCAAGUAGCAAGGAUGACUGA